AUGGCAUCGAACAAGGGGGCCAAGGUCAUCAUUGCCGGCGGCGGCAUUGCCGGCCUGACGCUGGCCCUGAUGCUGGAGACGCUCGACACGGACUACCUCCUCCUCGAGGCGCACGACGACAUCGCCCCGGAAGUCGGCGCGAGCAUCGGCCUGACGCCGAACUCGCUGCGCAUCUUCGACCAGCUGGGCGUGUACGACGCCAUCGAGGCCUUGCCCCACGCCCACAUCGAGGAGCUCUGCGUGCGUGGUCAAAACGGCCGCACACACGGCUACACGACGCGAUUUUUUGCCAGACAAUGGCUCCUACAGAUCCUAUACGACUCGCUACGGCACAAGGAGAGGGUCCUGACGGGCAAAAAGGUCAUCGGCGUCAGCCCGGCCACCGCCGGCGAUGGCUCCGUCGAGGUCACGACGCGCGACGGGAGCCUCUACCGGGGCGCCAUCGUCAUCGGCGCAGACGGCGUACACAGCACCGUCCGGGAGCAGAUACACGCCAUGGCCGGUAAAGCCCUGGGCGAGGAGGAGGAUAAAAAGAAGAAGAAGAAGAAGAAGAAGGGCGGGGGUGAGAAGCAAGAGAAGAGGACCCUGGCCGCCCGCGAGGUCGACGACGACGACAGCAUGGCCUGUUCCUACCGGUGCAGCUUCGGCAUCGCCCAACACGUGCCGGGAUGGGACUAUUUCCGCCUCGUCGCCGUCCCCGGCGACGGCGUCACCAUGGUCGCCACGUCCGGGGCCGACGGGCGCGUGUACUGGUUCGUCUUCGAGAAACUGCCCGAGACUCUGUACGGUCGCCGGAUCCCGCGGGGCUACUCGGCGAAGGACGAGGCCGGCUUCGCUGCCAAGUAUGCCGAGCACCGGCUGACGGACGACGUCACGUUCGGCCAGCUCUUCAGCAGGCGCCUCUCGUCCACACUGACGCCGCUGCAUGAGGGCGUACACGGAACAUGGUUCUUUGGGAGGACGCUGAUCUUGGGAGACUCGGCACACAAGUCCAACCCAAUCGGCUCUCAGGGCGGCAGCAGCAUCGUCGAGGCGGCCGCGCUGUUGGUCAACGGUCUCCGGCAGAAGAUGGACGCCCGCCAGACCGACCUCGCCGGCCUGACGGGCGCCGACGUGACGAGCGUCUUCGCCGCCUUCCAGGACGCCCAGCAGCCCCGCGCCUCACGGGUCGUGUCCCGCGCCCACGCGGUCCAGGCCCUCGCGGCGUUCGAGCAGCCGGUCCUCUCCCGCAUCGGCCUCGGCUUCCUCCUCCCCUGGAUUCACGACGAGCACGUCUGGGCCCGGACCGCCCCGGUCUUCGCCGACGCCCCACGCAUCGCCCACUUGCCCGUGCCGGCCCGGCCCCGGGCCGUCCCCUUUGACGACGAGCUCCCCGCGGCGCCGGUACGGAGCAGGACGGCCCUCCUCUCGGCCCUCGCCGUCACCGUCGGCUCGAGCAUGGGCCUCCUGUGGCUCGUCGUGAACAUGCAGUUCCCUUACCUCGCGCCCCCCUUCACCUGGGGCCCCGACGACGAGCCCCUCGACCGCACCUGGCUGCCCACCAAGUUCCUCAACGACAACGCCCUCUCCGUCGUCUCCGUGUGCUCCCUCCCGGUCCUCGACGAGCGGCCCGGCCCGACGGCCCACCUCGUCUACCUCCUGGCCCAGAUGCUCUCCCCGAACCUGAUCUACACCGUCGAGGCCUACCGCGUCGGCAACGCCGGCACGCCGCUGGCGUCCCCCUUUCUCAACUUCGCCGUCAUGGGCAUCGUCGCCCUCGCCGGCGCCCAGCAGUACUGGACCGUCGCCUCCGCGCUCUUCGGCCACGCCCUCCCCACCGGCCGCGCCGUGCCCCUCGACGUCGCCCACAGCCUGACCCCGGCCCUGGCCCUCGGCUUCGCCCUGCCCGCCGUGCUCAUGUUCCUCCCCGUCCCGGACGCGAGGGUCCGGCAGGACUGGAACGCCCUCUGGCAGUUCGGCACCUUCUUCUUCAUCGCCCUGACGGACCUCUUUGCCCGCGUGCUUCGCCGAUGGUGGUCGUGGCGCCCGCGGCGACCCCUGGCGGCGGCGGCGGCGGUCCCCGGAACCGACCGAGACGAAGACGACGCGGACCUCGUGCGCUACCGGAACAAGGACGCCGCCGUCCUCCAAGGGGCCUACCUCUGUGUCGGCCUCGUCCAGGCCGUGAGCCACCUCGCCGCCCUCCUGUACGCGCACCGCCACCCGGCCCUCUCGGUGCGGGACUUCUUCUUCGGCUUCCCCUCGCCCUGGACCGACUGGAGCUCCCUGGGCCGUUCGGCGUGGGUCAGCAACGUGCUCCAGUACGACCUCGUGCUCUACGUCGCCGGCGCCGUCGUCCACAACCUGCACGCCGUGUGGAAGCUGCGCGCCUCGGGCUACGUCGCCGGCAGGGAGUGCGUCGCGGCCGCGGUCUGCGUCGUCCUGGGACAGUUCUGCCUGGGCUCGGGCGCCACGUGGGCGGCCCUGUGGUACUGGCGCGAGGGCGUUCUCACGAGCCUUUCGACGAUUGAGUGA